GUCCGGGUCCGCCGCCCUUCUCCCUCCCGCCGCCGAGACAUAAGCCCUCGCGCGCGCCGCCGGGAUACCCUACCCACACCAACCAACUAACCAACGCCACGAGCCGCGCGCGAGCCGGCGGGGGCGCAACCGAUCGCAACGACCCCACCGACCUCGCCACGCCUCGCCGGCCGACCAGGCGCUCGUGCCCUAGUCCAGCUCUCCAGCAGCCAGCGGCUCGGCGGCAGCGGAAGCUAGUGCAGCUUAUCACCAGGCGCACCCCUCAUGGAGGUGGCCGAGGAGGCUGGGGAGGCGGUGCUGGCCUACGCGCUGGCGGCGAUCGCCGACGAGGGCGCGGGGGCCGGGGAGACGGCGGCCGCGCUCGCCGCGCUCUGCGAAGUGCUCGCGCUCUCGGGGCCGGACCUCAUCCUCGCCAUCCCCUCCGCGCGGCUCGCCAAGCGCCUCCCGAAGCUCGUCGCCGCCUCCGCCGCAGGGGAUGGGGACGGCGACGUGCCGCUGCUCGCCGCGCGCGCCAUGGCCGAGGCGUGCGAGGGCGCGCCGCCGUGGGCCGCGCGCUUCGCGCAGCACGGCGCCGUCGAGGCGCUCCGCGAUAGGCUGCUCGCCGUCGACUGCAUCGAGCUCGCCGAGGAGUGCUUGCGAGCUCUGGACACCAUAUCUACAGAAUGCCCCGACGAGUGCCUCAAACGGGGGGUAGCAGCAGCUGUGCUACAGUUCUUCGACUUCUUUUCGACGAACAAGCAGAAAGUGGCACUCCAGAUCGUCUCGAAUAUCUUCAAUGAUUACGAUGAAGAGGAUGUGCCAACGGUCAUGGAGGCUGUGCCUGCUCUGUGCAACCUCCUGCAGUCUUCUGAUAAGACGAUUCUUGAAUCCGCUAUUUCUUGCUUGGCAUUGGUCGCGGCUGGCGCUUCCGAAAAUGCUGAACACAUGGGUAAGCUCUGUGAAGCGAAUGCGGUUGAGGCAACGAUGAGCUUGAUGGGUAACGAGGGGUGGAAGACCCUCAGUGAUGACAUCUUAACUGGCAUUCUUGGGCUGCUUAAAAAUCUUGCGUCUAUCUCCGAAAAGGCUGUGGAGUCUCUUUUCAAGUUAGAUUUUUGUGAAUUGUUCAAGCAGAUGGUAACUUACUACAGUUCCUCGAACCGUGAUAACGAUAAGGUGCAGAUGCUUGUGGAGCUCAUUUACCAGCUUAUGCUGCCUCUUGGUGCAUCUGAGCAACAUGCUAAACUAGUCACUGCAAAGAAGAAUGUCAUCAUGGCACAAAGUACAUACAUGAACCAGCUUGCCAGCAUUUUUUCCCUUAUGGUACAGGUUGCAAAAUGUGCUGCACUAUCAUCAAUUUGCUACAACUGUAUCGCUGUCAUCAGCAACAUUGUUGAAUUAAGCACACCUGAUUUCCUGAUGGAGUUACAGAAUACUGUAAAUCUCUCAAGCUUUCUUAAUUUUUUGUUGGCCCGGAAAAAUUGCCACAUCAUAUUGCAAGCACUCAAGAUUUCAAGGAUCCUCCUGGAGAAAUGCCAACAGUUUUUCCUCGAGACCUUUACCAAGGAGGGUGUUAAGCAUUCAAUUGAUUCCAUAGUAUCACAUGAAAAAAACUCGAGUCACCAGUCAAAAAGAAAGAACAACAUGAAUGAAAGUUGCCUUUGCUUUGACCUGGAGUCUUCCUCCACUGGCGAGGUAUGUAGGGUUGAGAACAAUGCUGUCAUGAAACUAGCAGAAGAUAUAAAGAAAAGCUUCUUCUCGGUGAAAGGAAGUAAAAGAUCUCCACAUAGGCUUGGAUUUGCUCUUAAAAGUUUCAGGGACUUUUUUGUUAGGUUGAAUGUUCAUGCCACAACACCCCCCACUGAAAAUCCAGAUAGCUGCAAACAAUUGACUGAUCUUUCAAGGAGACUAUUGUCAGAUGAACUGCCAGUUACUUCUACUUUUGAGUUUGUACAGAGUGGAUCGAUAAAAUGUUUGUCAGUUUAUCUCUCAAACGGGGCAUACGGCAAUGCAGGUAUCAGUGAUGGACAGGAUCUACUGGGGCAUCUUAGUGAGGUGCAGAGUCGGCUGCAGAAAUUUGCUUCUUUGGCUCUCACUGUGCCCAAUGACAGCUCAGCUAAUCCUCUUGAGAUUUUGGUGGAGAAGCUACUAGACACCUUGCAGAUGUGCUAUGACAGUUUUCCCGUAAUGCUAUCUGAUGAACAGAGUACACAUGAGAGCAUGAUGAUUCCGCUGAGAUAUCCUGAGACCCAGGAACUAAAGUCAUUGGAAUUAAAAUUCCGGAGGUCACAGAGGGAGAAGGAAUUGCGCAACUACAAUGAUGUUCUGAGUGUCGAUCUUUUCUCAACACCUGAUGCCAUUGAACCAGUUCUAUUUCCUGAAAUUUGCAGAAGAACUGAUCAGGAACCUGCACCCAAGAAUUCAAAUCGGGAGAAUGAAGCAAGUGGGAGCACAAAAUUAGAUGACGGUAAUAGAUCCUCAAAACUGAGAUUCUUGUACAAUGGCGUUAUACUUCAACCAUCUACUACAUUUUUUGAGUCAAUCCUCCGUUUGAUGAACAAGGGACAAUCGGAUCUCUUGAUUGACCCAUCUUUCUGGGAUGAAGAACACUAUAUAACCUAUCGGAAGAGAAACAAAAGCAAGGAAAUAUCUUCAGAGAGUUCCCAUAAUAUUCAGCUAUCCCACGUGCAAGAAAACCUUCAGCAAGCAUGGUUAAAGGACCCUUUUUUCACUGCCCUACUUCUUGGCAAACUACCUGGUGAUCUGGAUGGGUCUGAUCCAUCAUACGAUCUCUUGUUCAUGCUGAAACUUCUUGAAGGGUUGAAUCGUUUUUCGUAUCAACUGUUGAUGGGUGAGCAGAUAAGUAAAUUUGCUGAAGGAACUCUACAAGAUAUUGAUGAUCUUAAGGUGGCAAUUUAUCCAGUCCCACAGCAUCAGUUCAUGAGCAGCAUUUUGACGAAUAAGCUAGAGCUGCAAAUGCAAGAUAGUUUGUUUGAGGGUGGCCUCAUACCCUCGUGGUGUGUCUAUCUGAUUGAGACCUGCCCGUUCCUAUUGUCCUUCGACACACGGUGGAAGUAUUUUUGCCUGACUGCACAUCGCUCAUUCAUGACUGACCAGGUUAACAAUUUUCCAGAUCAGGUUAAUAAUAUUUUUGACCAAGUUAGCGGUCACUCAGACCAGGUUAAGUGUCCUCCACAGACUAAAAAAUAUAGAGUAAGCCGAAGUGCUAUCCUUGAAGGCGCUGUAUCAAUGAUGACCAACCAUGGUCCAAGCAGCAGAAUCGUUGAGGUGGAAUUCGAAGGUGAGGUUGGGACUGGGCGAGGUCCAACAUUCGAAUUCUACACUGCAGUUAGCCAUGAACUUCAAAGAGCCGGGCUUGGAAUGUGGAGAGGAGACAACUGUGAAGAUGGAUUCAUUCAUGCCUCUUUUGGGCUAUUUCCAAAGCCGUGGUCGCCAUCAGGCAUGCCAGGGAUUGAUUUUUCUAAUGUGUUACAGAAAUUCAAGCUUCUGGGGCAUCUUGUUGUGAGGGCAGUCCUGGAUGGAAGGAUCCUGGACAUUCCACUUUCUAAAGCAUUUUACAAGAUCAUGCUUGAGCAGGAGCUCGAUAUGUAUGACAUCCCAUCGUUUGAUCCAGAGCUGGGCAAGACAUUAAUAGAGUUUCAAGCACUUGUUAACAAGAAGAAAUUUCUAGAAACAUCUUCAACAACAUCUAAACAUACUGCUGUUCUGUCCUAUAAAAACGUGAAAUUGGAGGAUUUGUGCCUUGACUUCACUCUUCCUGGAAGUCCUGAAUAUGAACUUAUUCCUGGAGGCUCGCAAAAGAUGGUGACCCUUGACAGUUUAGAGGAAUAUGUAUAUUUGGUUGUUGAUGCAACACUGAAGAGCGGGAUUGCCAAGCAGAUAGAGGCUUUCAAAUCUGGAAUUAACGAGGUUUUCGCCCUUAAGACACUCAAAAUGUUUACUGAGGAGGAAAUGGAACGCAUACUAUGUGGUGAACAGGAUUCUUGGGCUUUAAAGAACCUUGAGGAUCACAUGGAGUUUGAGCAUGGCUAUGACAUGAGCAGUCCGUCAAUUAUUACUUUCCUGGAGAUAUUGCGGGAGUUUGGAAGAGAGGAGCAGCGGGCUUUCAUACAAUUCACUACUGGAACGCCUCAACUCCCGCUUGGUGGCCUAGCUUUGCUUGAACCCAAGCUCACUGUCGUGCGCAAGCAAUGUGAUGGCAAUGUAGACGAUGAAUUGCCAAGUGUCAAUACCUGCCGGCACUUUAUCAAGCUCCCUCCUUACUCAUCGAAGGAGAUAAUGAGAGAGAAGCUCAAAUAUGCUAUUACAGAGGGUUUAGGCUCCUUCCACUUGUCAUGACUCAUGAUAAUAAAAGGCAUAAAGGUACAAGAUGAUGGAAGAGCAAUGUACAUUCUAGACUGCAUGGGUAGAUGUAGAUAGCCAUUGAUUAUUGGUGAUUUAUAAAGAAUCAUGUAUACCGACUUGAUGUAAAUAGCCACUAUCAGAAUUCUGAUAUAGAUUUUUCUGAUUGGGGAUUAGUUGCUAGAGAUGUAACUCAAAUGCUCUCCCCUCUCGGAUAAUUAUGUUAUUUAGUUGUAUGUACAUAACUACUGCACCCAAUGCUCUUGGGUUUGCAUUGCUGCUAUUUAAUGAUUGACUGUCAAAGAA